AUGUUCCGCCCCGUGAUCCCUCGUCUUGCCGCUGGCCGGACAGUUACCCGACCAUUCCCACAAUCACAAAUAUCGCCUGCCUCAGCUCCCCUCUCCGGUACCUAUAUCCUUAGAUAUUCCAGAAGAGGCUAUGCUACGAGCUCAGACGAACAUGAUGUGGUUAUAAUAGGCGGCGGUGUUGCUGGUUAUGUAGCUGCGAUAAAAGCUGGCCAGGAGGGUCUAAAGACUGUUUGCAUCGAGAAACGAGGGAAAUUGGGCGGUACAUGUUUGAACGUCGGAUGUAUCCCAUCGAAGUCCCUUCUGAAUAACUCUCACCUCUACCACCAAAUCCUCCACGAUACCAAAAAGCGCGGCAUCGAAGUCGGAGAUGUCAAGCUCAACCUCGAACAGAUGAUGAAGGCAAAGGAUACCUCCGUCGACUCGCUUACAAAAGGCAUUGAGUUCCUGCUUAAGAAAAACAAGGUUGACUAUGUUAAGGGAGUCGGCUCAUUCGUCGACCAGAACACUGUCAAGGUUGAUCUGCUCGAUGGCGGCGAGCAGGUUUUCAAGGGCAAGAAUAUCAUCGUCGCUACUGGCAGUGAAUCUACUCCGUUCCCUGGCUUGACUGUCGACGAGAAGCGCAUCGUCACAAGCACUGGAGCUCUAUCACUAACACAAGUCCCGAAGAAGAUGGUUGUCAUUGGUGGUGGAAUCAUUGGUCUGGAAAUGGCCUCUGUAUGGUCCCGAUUGGGCGCAGAAGUUACCGUCGUCGAAUUUUUAGGCCAAAUCGGCGGCCCAGGAAUGGAUGCUGAGAUCGCCAAGCAAGCCCAGAAGAUCCUGGGGAGACAGGGUAUCAAAUUCCUUGUCAACACAAAAGUCACCUCCGGCGACCCCAGCGGCGAAAACGUCGUUCUGAAUGUCGAAGCCGCAAAGGGCGGCAAAGAACAAACCCUGGAGACUGACGUUGUGUUGGUCGCCAUCGGCCGCAGACCGUACACAGAGGGUCUGGGCCUGGAGAAAGUGGGUCUCGAAGUCGACAAGAAGGGUCGUGUGGUCAUCGACCAGGAGUACCGGACAAAGGCCCAGCACAUCCGCGUCGUCGGGGACUGCACAUUCGGGCCCAUGCUCGCACACAAGGCUGAAGAGGAAGCCGUCGCGGCCGUCGAGUACAUCAAAAAGGGCUACGGCCACGUCAACUACGCUGCCAUCCCCAGCGUCAUGUACACGCAUCCCGAGGUGGCCUGGGUAGGCCAAAAUGAAGCCGAAGUCAAAGCGGCCGGCAUCAAGUACCGCGUCGGCACGUUCCCGUUCAGCGCCAACUCACGCGCCAAGACCAACCUGGAAACCGAGGGCCAGGUCAAGUUCAUCGCGGACGCGGAGACGGAUCGGAUCCUGGGCGUGCAUAUCAUCGGCGCCUGCGCGGGUGAGAUGAUUGCGGAGGCCACACUGGCUAUCGAGUACGGCGCUAGCUGUGAGGAUGUAGCGCGGACAUGCCAUGCGCACCCGACACUUUCGGAGGCUUUCAAGGAGGCGGCUAUGACUACCUACUCGAAGGCUAUUCACUAUUAG